CUCUCCUUGGCUCUCUGUCUGACUGUGUGUUGUGGUGAAAGCGCAGAACAUCGCCCAAUGCUCGGACAGUCGCAAAACGAAAUUCGCCCCAACGAGGCAGCCAACUGCAAAUGGUAGAGACAAAAGGAACACAGUCGCCAGUCAGCCAGCAGUCGUGUAGUGAAGUGAAGAAAAGCGAUACACGAGAGGCGAAUAGAGAAAAAUAGAAAGAAAAAUCAAAUAAAUAGAGGCAUAAUAUAAACGACACUAGAAUAUUAGCCAAGAUAUAGUAGAAAAACAAAUCGUGUGCAUUUUAUAUUUAUAACGAAACCCGUUUAGCGCGACGCAUUAAAAGCAGCAACUUGCGGCAGCAGCAGAAGCGUCGACUGAGUCGACGGCAGCAGCAGCGGCAGAGGCAGCGACAGAGGCAGUGACAGUGGCAGAGAACAGCAACGUUGACAACAGCAGCAGCAGCAUGACAGCAGCAACAACAACAGCUGGCAAUGGGAGCGGCAGUGGCAGUGGCAACAGCAAAAGCAAAAGCAGCAGCAACAAUACAAAGCAAGACAAACACAGGUCGAGGUCAUCCGCACGCUACGAUGACGUGGAGAGGCAACAACGCAAGAACCGUGCAAUUGUCUCCAUACCGAAUACCAUAAAGCUGAGCAUGCUCAACAGCGGCCUCUUGUCCUUUGAGCGCAUUAAGCUGGAGGCACGGGACGAGAACAAUUCCCUAUCGAAGACCAUACCAAAUGGACCCAUCGAUGUGCGGCAUUUUCUCAAAUUAUGCGAUCUGAGGCGAAAGUUUCCAGUGCUCUAUAAGCUGGAGUUCCAGACGGCCGCCAAGGUGGAGACGAAUACGUGUCGUCAUGCGUUGAAGAAGAACAAUCAGGAGAAGAAUCAGAAUCCCAAGUGCAUUCCAUAUGAUUACAAUCGUGUUGUCCUGCAGAAGCUACCUGGAGUCGCCGACUCUGACUAUGUGAAUGCCUCGUAUGUGGACAGUCUACUCAAACCGAAUGCGUACAUUGUGACCCAAGGACCCGUCGAGGAGACCGUGAAUGCCUAUUGGCGCAUGGUCUGGCAGGAGAACAUCAGUGCGAUUGUCAUGCUAACGAAGACCUUUGACUUUGCCAAGGUGAUGUGUGUCCAGUAUUGGCCACCCAACAUGGAGGUGCAUGAGACCUAUGGCGAUAUCCACAUCAAUAUUGUGCGGGAGGAACAGUUGGCCAACUUUCACAUCCGCACCUUUAGGCUGUACAAGAAGGGGGAACAGGGCGAGGUAACCGAUGAGCGUUUGAUCCUUCAGUUUCACUAUACCGAAUGGUAUUCCCACUCCUGUCCCUUCUCCAAUGCCCUACUCGAGUUCCGACGUCGCGUCCGCCUUGUUGUCGGCAACAUAAUAAAGGAUGAGGAUGAUGUCGAUAUGCGUGGUCCCAUUUUGGUGCACUGCAGCGAUGGAGGCGGUCGUUCGGGGGUCUACAUGUCCAUUGAUGCCAACUUGGAGCUGGCAGAGGAAGAGGAAUCCUUCAAUGUCUUUGGUUAUCUCAAGAAACUGCGCCAAUCUCGCAAGGGACUCGUAGAGAAUGUCGAUCAAUACAAGUUCAUUUAUGAUACGCUCGAGGAGCAUAUUAUAUGUGGAAAGACCUGGUUUCCCGUCUCCGAGCUCUCCGAUCGCUUGAAGGCCAAGGCACGUCGCAACUCCGGCACCAAGAUGAACGAGUACCAAUCUGAAUAUGAUCAGAUCUGUAAGCAAACUCCCCGAUUCACCAUCGGUGACUGUGCGGGCGGACAUCGUGCCGAUAAUCGGGAGAAGAAUCGUGAUGUACUCUGCGUACCCCCUGAUAAUUUUCGACCCUAUCUAACCAGUUUUCAGGGUAACGCCUUCACGGACUACAUCAACUCAGUCUUCGUCGAUGGCUAUACAAAGCCCAGGGAAUACAUUGUCACGGAGUGGCCCAUGAAGCAUACGCUCGGUGAAUUCUGGUCUCUUGUCUACGAUCAUGAAUGCUCGGCGGUUGUUGUGCUCUGUCAACCCCCUUCGCAGUCCCAACAAUAUCCAUCAUUUUGGCCAAACAAAUCGAAAAUGGAGAAAUACGGUCCCGUAUUCAGUGUACACUAUGUCAUGUCGAAGAGCUAUACGAAUAUUAAGCAAUGGGAGUUUAAGAUCAAUAAGAAAAUCGUUUCGCUAACCGAAAUGAUGGCCGGAGUUAAGGCUCCAACGCGCACCGUCCAGCUAUUUCAGUUAACAUGCUGGCCGAUGGGCCAUAAGGUGCCAAGCUCAACCAAUUCGCUGGUCUAUCUAAUGAAUAUGGUCGAGAUUUGGCGCAACAAGGUCGACUAUGGACCCGUCUGUAUUGUCUCGCCCGAUGGUCGCAGCCGUGCCGGCGUUUAUUGUGCGGCAAAUGCGUGCAUCGAGCAGGUCAUACAGCACGGCGAAGUCGAUGUCUUUCAGGCCGUGAAGACAGUACGGCGUCACCGUCCACAUCUGGUCGAGAAUAUGACGGAGUACAAGUACUGCUACGAUCUCGUACUCCACUACGUUCUCCACUUUCUGAACAAAAAGGAUUGAGCAGUACUUUUCUUUGUGUUGUUUUUUUAUUGAGUUGGUUUGAAACCGACAAUGAGGGACAAUGAGCUCCCAAAACUGCUUUAUGGUUAACAAAUUUUAUGUCCAAGUGGUCCACAUUUGAUGCCUAUGACGAGUACCUUACAUCUAUCCAUAUAUUGUCUAAUCUAUAGGCUCUACAGAACUGUAGAUCUGAAGAGCACCUCUAGAUCUAUGGGCUAGGCGGCUUGGCACACACAGCCUUAAAGCAAUAAUACUGAGUAUUUUUGUUGUGCGCAACACAUUUUGUGGAAAUGAAAUUUCCAAUUUUUGUAGGUCCACAUGAAAGUUGGACCAUAGAUAUACAUAUAUAUAUAUAUAUAUAUAUACGAUCUGUAAUUGAAUCUGAACUGUAAUAUGUGCCAUGUCGAAUGCCCUAAUUGUUGUUGUUAUUAUACUUAUAAAUGAACUCUUAACUAUUAAAUAUACGAAAAACUAUAUGAUUAUGUUUACAAUAUAAAUAUAUAUAUGUACGUUAACUCUUAAAACUUGCUACCUUAUACAAAUUGUUGAUAUAUAUCUAACUACUACAAUAUAAUAUAUACAAAAUAUAAUAUAUAUAUAUAUAUACAUAUAUAAAUGAAUGUUAUGUUUCUGUAUAAUGAAAGUCGCAUACCACUUCAAAAUGAUGUUGAUAAUUGUAUUUUUUAUUCAUGUUGCUUAGAGCAAAGCGAACAAACAAAACUCGAUACGAACAAUUGUUUAUUUAUAUAAAAUGUACACACACACACAACCAUACUAUUAUACAAACUUAUGUUAAAAAUCGUGUAUAUUCGCAUUUAUGCAUUCGAUGGAAAAUAUUUGUCUAACAAUUCAAAUGCAUAUACCCAACACACACGCACACAGACAGCUGCACAAAUAUACCUAUAUUUAUAUACAUAUAUAUUCUUGUAAAUGUAUUGAAUUUAUUUUUUUAAAUGUGAAUAAAUCUGUGGGUGUAUUUUUGAUCGAUUCCGUACGAUACUUUGGAGUAGGUUACGUAACGAAACCAAAAACGAAACCAGAAAAAAACAAAAACUAA